GUUUGCGUUGCUUUCUCUCAAUAUCACUCUCUCUACCAUGCUUCGCUCUACCUUCGUAGUCCUCCUCGCUAGGAACGCGGUGGGUUUCUCCCCGAAUCUGUCAAGCAUUGUCGGCUUUGACGGCGGGAUGGGAGCCAGAAAUAGCAGGAAUUUCGUCAGCGCGACUCGGCCUGCUGGAUCUACUGCGCUGUUCGCCUCAGGAGGGGUGUCCGCAGAGGAUGUGCUGAAGGCACCCAAGUGGCCGGAGAAGUGGCCCUUCUAUGAGGAUGACUUCAGCCGCAUGGACGAGUCCAGCGACGGGGAUUUCUACUCGCAGCCGCGGCUCGUCUACCACAUCGAUGAUUCCGCGGUGAAGGCGUUGACGAAGUACUACACCAAGGCGCUGCCCAAGGGGGCGGACGUGCUGGACAUCUGCUCGUCGUGGGUGAGCCACUUCCCGAAGGACUGGGAGCACGGCAAGCGCACCGGGCUGGGGAUGAACGAGUUCGAGCUGAGCAAGAACGUGCAGCUGGACGAGUACAGGGUUAAGGACCUUAACGUCGAUGCGAAGUUUCCUUUUGACGACAACUCCUUUGACGUCGUGACGUGCGUCGUGUCGGUGGACUACUUGAACAAGCCGCUGGAGGUCUUUAACGAGAUCCGACGAGUGCUGAGACCAGGCGGCAAGGCCAUCAUGUCCAUGUCCAACAGAUGUUUCCCGACGAAGGCGAUCCAGAUCUGGAACCAGACUAACGACAUGGAGCACAUCUUCAUCGUAGGAUCGUACUUCCACUACGCGGGAGGCUUCGACCCGCCGGUCUCGCACGACAUCUCGCCAAACCCGGGGCGAUCGGACCCCAUGUACAUCGUAGAGGGCAGAAAAAAGGCAUAAGCGCUCAGAAGGGCAUGGCACAAACGUUGUGAGACAGCUCGCUACAGCACACCAGAAGAGCUAGAGUGCGGAUCUUGGUCGAAAUAUCAUGUGAGCGACCUUGUAGGAGGCGAGCGUCGGGGGCAUGGAUGCGUGUUGUCCAGCUUUUUUCUAACAAAUGUUGGCAGCGAGAAACUUGCUUUUUGAGUUAGAUUUUGUGAAGGUUUUGGGAUAUCAGGGGGACAAGCUCCUUUGCCACGAUCUAUGUAGAAGCGGAACAGUUGUGGUGUCGUCGUGUGGAGGUGGGAGAGGUAGUAAGCGCCCGCGGGAGGCAACCUCUUGGGAGUGAAAGCCCAGGUCCUACUUCUGAUAUCGGGUCGCGCAAAUGGGGCGGUGUGGCUGUUCAUAGAGAGAUUUGGCCGUCCUUCUGAUGCCGGCAGACUACAUACUGGCGUAAGAUCGACAGCGUGUUAUUGUUGACCCCUGUACAGAACUUGUGCACCUGCUCUGCAACUCUCAAGAUAUACACGUAGAACGCUGAAUGGCUACCGUGAAACGGUGCCAUUUGACGUUCAGCUCCCGCCUAUUUUGGCGGUUGAAGACAAACGCUCAUGUUAUUGCAAGAGCAAUCUCCCUCAGGAAUAUCCCUUUGAUAGGGGCGAUUAAUGCCUGUACGACGUC